AUGGGCAGAGCUCAGUUUGAAUACGAUGAAGUCGGCAACACAUUUUACUACGUUUUGAUAGCAUUUUACACGGUUCUCCUUCUGCCUUUAACUCAUUUCUUGUGGCCAUCAGCAGGUAAACCGAGAUUCUUCUUUUAAAUCUUGUUGUUUUAGUUAAAAAUGAAUUGAAAACGGAUGGAUGUCAAUGUGAAGCAGACAGAAUUAAAAGACGGAAGCUUCUGGAUGCCCAGCCUAAACAGACUAGAAAACGGAUUAUAAAAGCAAUAUUUUUGAUAGCAGCUUGGGCACUUUUGUUUUAUUUGGGUAACAAAGUCUCUCAAAUUGAAGUAACUCAUGAAGAAUAUGAUCCUUACAAGGUUUUGGGUCUUGACCAGGUCCGUUUAAUAUAGACGUAUGUGAGAGAUCUGCAUAGAAGCAUUUAAAUUAUUUUAUAGCUAUUUAAAACGGAUAAGAGUAUCGUUUUCCUUAUAUUGUAUUUAAUUUUGUUCAUUUUAGGGAGCAACAGUGUCUGAGAUUAAAAAAGCGUAUCACAAACUCAGUAAACAGUACCAUCCUGAUCGAGGAGGUGAUGAAGAACAGUUUAAUUAUCUAGCCAAAGCAUAUCAAGCCUUAACCAAUGAGGAAUCUAGGGAAAACUGGGAGAAAUACGGAAAUCCAGAUGGUCCGAGAGGUUUGUUACCUAAAUUCAUCGUUUUAUGUUUUGAUCGGGCAGUAUUUGUACUAAUUUUAUGUGCUUCUUAAAGAUAUAAUUAAUUAUUUAAUUUUUAGCUACAACGUUUGGAAUCGCUCUUCCAAAAUGGAUCGUCAGUGAGAACUACGGAAACUGGGUCCUCGCUUUCUACGGCCUAGUUUUUAUGGUGAUCAUGCCGUCGGCUGUGGUAAGUUGAUUUGUUUGUGUACUACUCUUGUUUUAGGGAUGGUGGUGGUACGAUUCGAUAAAGUACAGUGCCGACAAAGUAUUGUUGGAAUCUACCAAGAUCUUCGCUCAUUUCAUAGCGAAGUCUCCUAACAUGGAGGUUAACAGUAAGUUUAGUUAUUCAAAACGUUUUUACGCGCAAGUUUGUUUUUUUGGAUCAUAAUUUACUACCAUUUGAAUUUAUAAUGCUUAAAAAUGUUAUUUUCAGGAAUCUUGAUGGUUUUAACAGCUGCUUGCGAGUUCUUUAAGAAGUUCAACAACGAGAUCGUUGAGAGCGAAGAAGAUGAUGUUGAGUUACCUCCAUUGAUGAAAGAAUUCAAAAAUGUUGGAGAAAACAAAAAGGAAUUGCCGUUUUGUCACGCUUACUCAAUCAAAUGCAGGAUCCUGCUUCAUGCCUAUUUGUCCAGAUUCGAAUUGAGUUCAGCCAGAUUGGAGAAAGGUAUUUAUAGUGUUUAUGAAUAUAUGUCACAUAAAUUUAUAAUUUGCUUUACUUUGUUUAAAGUACAAAACUCGUAUUGUUUUAGACCAAGCCUACAUGGUUGGGAAGGUGUUGCCUCUGUUGGACGAGUUUAUGCGUUUGGUGAUCCAGUUCACGUUCAGUGGAUGGGUAAAGCAUCCCCCUACAGUCAACACAAUCGAAAAUGUGCUUAAGCUGUAUCCGAUGUUCGUCCAAGCUUUGUGGCCGAAGAACAUUCCUAUUAUGCAGUUGCCACAUUUAACAGAACAGAAUAUCGCCUAUCUCAGGAGAGUAAGUUGACAAUUGUUAUAAGGAUAUUUAUGAACUUUUUUUAGAUCUUUUUGUAAAUUUAGUAUUAUUCUUGUUCUAUUCCUUCAAUUUCUUGCAGAAUCGAGUUUACACUCCUCAAGACUUAGCUCAGUUGAACGAAUGCAAACGACGAGCCCUUCUAAAUCAACUGGAGGACUCAGAGUACGACGAUGUUAUCACUGUUUUACACAUGAUGCCUAAACUCGACGUUGACACUAGGAUAGAAGGUACGUUCCGUAUUUUAAUUAAUUUUGAAUUGAUAUUUUGUCAGUUUUACAGACCUGACUUACAAUUGUUUGUUUUUAGUUCAAGGAGAGGACGACUGUGAAACAGUGACUGUUGGAUCUGUUGUUACGAUCAAGAUUACCCUCAAGAGGUCUCCUUUGUUGGACUUGGACCAACGACUGAAGGAGAUUGAAGAAGGUGAAAUAAGGAGGGAGAAGGUUGCUCUGGAGACAUCACUACAACCGGAACAGCCAAAGAAGAAGCCAUGGGAGAAGCAAAAGCCAAAGAAGAAGGCUCCAAAGGCUAAGAAAGUCAAGGUAGGACUAGUUAAAAAUUAUUAUAUUUUCAAAAUGAUUGUUUUAAGUCGACUUAAACAUUGUUUUAAAAGUAGCAUAUUAAUUAUUUGAAGAACGCCAAAAAGAAGGCUGCUACUGAAGGUGAAGUAGACUCUGACAAGAAGGAGGACAACAAGGAUGGAGAAGAAACCAAGAAUUCUAAACCCAAAGCUCCAACAGAACACGAUUCCGGAGAUUCUGAUUACUCGGACAGUGGUUCAGAAUCAGACGGAAGCUACGACUCGGAAAGGAGUUUGAUCUCAGAAAAUGGCAGUGACAGCGACGAUGAUUGGGGCGACGACGCCGUUCCGUUGAAGAAGGAUGCGCUACUGGAAUCUGAACCCACCAACCACCACGAAGUCCACUGUCCUUACUUCCCUCACGAGAAACACGAGUGGUGGUACUUGUACCUGGUGGAGAAGAAGAGCAAGACUUUGGCAUCUCUGGUUGUUCCUUGCAAGACUUUGGACAAGGAGAAGACGGUAUGUUGAUAUACAAUUGUUAAACUGAAUUUAAAUGCAAAGUUCAUGAGCUGUUUCAGUUGGAAAUGAGGAUCUCGGCGCCUCCAGAGAAGGGCACUUACACAUUCACUUUGUACGUCAAAUCGGAUUCUUACAUGGAAUUCGACUACUCACAAGAUGUCAAGGUAAUUUAAAUACGAUAGAAAACGAUUGGAGUAUUACUUAAAUCGUUAAUAAUCUAUAACAACUUAUGAAUGUCUUUGCAGAUGGAGGUUCAAAACGCCAGAGAGCCGAACGCCAUCGUCUACGAUAGCUCAGAAGACGAAGAGAACGACGAUGAAGUGCUGGAGACAUCUGACGACUACACAGAAGGGUCGGCAUCGGAGAACGAUGAUUAG